AUGAAGCGACGCAUGGCCACGCGGCUGAACAUCGCCUACAAACUCGCUCCAGCACGGCUCGAUUGGAUGGAGGCCUCCAUUCCAAAGCUCAAUAAAGUGAUUGAUGUGGACCAUUUGCACGAUGGUGCUCUCCAGAUCAUUCGCGUCAUUCGGCCUGAGUGGGCCCAGGAACGACUUCACUACAAAAUAUUCACCGAUGGCAUCACGAACCGCCUGAUUGGAGUGUAUCGCGAUGACAUGAAAGACAUGAUCCUCAUUCGCGUCUACGGCGAGAACACGGACCUCUUCAUCGAUCGGCAGAUGGAGUUUCGCAACAUGCGAACCAUGUACAAGGCCAACCUCUCUGCGCCCAUCUACUGCACCUUCACCAACGGCAUCUCCUAUGGCUUCACUCCCGGCAAAGUACUGGACGAGAGAAUGGUACGGGAUACAAAGAUAUCAGCGCUGAUUGCCGAGAACAUGGCCAAGAUGCACACACUAAAACCGAUGGUCUCCAGCGUGUCCACUGAGUUCCCCACUGCUGAACCGCAUCAGUGUCUCUUCCCUGGAAUCGACAAGUUUCUCGGUCUCAUUGCCAGCGCAUUUACAGUCAAGCUAUCUUGUCAAAAGCAAAAAUGCUUCUGCUAUUUGGAUAACCUACAGGAGCAGGCAAACUUUUUGAAAGCAGAGCUGCAGAUGCUGAAUUCGCCCAUAGUUUUUUGUCACAACGACUUACUGCUGAAGAACAUCCUUUACGAUGAAUCUCAAAACAAGGUCACCUUCAUUGACUUUGAGUACUCGGACUACAAUUACCAGGCAUUCGAUAUUGCCAACCACUUUUGUGAGUUCUGCGGAGUGGACAACUUCGAACCAAGUCUCUACCCCAGCAAGGACUUUCAACUUCGGUGGCUGCGCAUCUAUCUGCAAAAGUGGAACUCUCACAAUGACAUCACGCCCACUGCGGCAGAGCUGGAGCAAAGUGUAGAGUCCCUCUACGAUGUUGUCAGUCGGUUCGCGCUGGCAUCCCACCUCUACUGGGGACUGUGGGCCGUCGUUCAGGCGAACAACUCCUCCAUUGACUUUAACUAUUUAGGCUUUGCACACAAGCGACUCGAGGAGUACUUCAAGCGGAAACACGAGCUUUUUGGAAAGAACAAUCACCACAAGCACUGA